CAACAAUAAUGAAUGGAAACGCAGCGUAGCCAAGAAAAGUUGAGCAGCUUGAAAAAACUUAUUGUCGGUUAGUACGGAAGAAAUUUAGCUAUCGUUCGGAGGAAGGAGUUAUGGAUUGGCCGGUUGGAUCUUUUAUUUUAUUUUGGAAAAGAAAGAUGAUUUUUUGUUUCAAGUAUUGAUUAAAAAAAACAGCUUGAUACACGAUAAAUGGCACUUUUUUAAUGUCCAAAAAAGCGGAUUAUGUGGAACAACUGCUGGAGUAAUAUUUAGCCUCGCUGUGGAUUAUUACCAACAGAAAGAUAAAAAAAAAAACAAAGAAGUUUGGACGUUUCAGGUUGACAGGAGAGUAAAACGUCUGUGGAGGUUAAAAAUGGGAAAUGUGGAGAGUGCUGACGGGCAGUCGGAGAUGAAGCAUCAUAUCAUGCCUCUGAAGGUGCCCAUGCCUGACCCCACCGAGCUGGAGGAGAAGUUUGCCAUUGUUUUGAACUCCAUGAAUCUUCCUCCAGACAAAGCUCGGCUGCUCAGGCAAUACGAUAACGAAAAGAAGUGGGAUCUGAUCUGCGAUCAGGAGAGGUUUCAAGUGAAGAACCCCCCUCACACCUACAUCCAGAAGCUCAGAGGAUACUUAGACCCAGGAGUCACACGAAAGAAAUUUCGGCGGCGUGUGCAGGAAUCUACAAAAGUCCUGAGAGAGCUGGAGAUAUCACUGCGGACCAACCACAUUGGGUGGGUCAGGGAGUUCCUCAAUGAUGAGAACAGAGGUCUCGAUGUCCUGGUUGAGUACCUCUCCUUCGCCCAAUGUGCUGUCAUGUUGGAUUUUGAGGGGCUGGAAAAUGGGGAGGAUGGCUUCUUGGACAAAGCUAAAUCAUGGAGCAGGUCCAUAGAGGAUCUGCACCAUAUGGGCGCCCAACCCUUCUGCAACACCCUGGUGCGCUCUGCCCAUCAGUCUGUCCUGCGCUAUGGAACACUUUCAAACAGCAAAACCAUCAAGAACUCGCGGCUCGUAAGCCAAAAAGACGAUGUGCAUGUGUGCAUCAUGUGCUUGAGGGCAAUCAUGAACUAUCAGUAUGGCUUCAAUAUGGUCAUGUCUCACGCACAUGCUGUCAAUGAAAUAGCUCUCAGCUUGAACAAUAAGAACCCACGGACAAAAGCAUUGGUCCUCGAGCUCCUCGCUGCUGUCUGUCUUGUCCGAGGAGGUCAUGAAAUCAUCCUUUCAGCUUUUGACAACUUCAAAGAGGUCUGUAAGGAGAAGCAACGCUUUGAGAGAUUGAUGGAUUACUUUCGCAGUGAAGAGGGGAACAUCGACUUCAUGGUUGCGUGCAUGCAGUUCAUCAACAUCGUGGUCCAUUCAGUUGAGGACAUGAACUUCAGAGUCCAUUUGCAGUUUGAAUUCACCAAGCUUGGACUGGAUGAUUUCCUGGAGAAAUCGAAGCACACGGAGAGCGAUAAGCUGUCAGUGCAGAUCCAGGCCUACCUGGAUAACGUGUUUGACGUGGGUGGCCUCCUGGAAGAUGCAGAAACAAAAAAUGCAGCGCUGGAGAAGGUGGAGGAGCUGGAGGAGCACCUGUCCCAUGUGACUGAAAAGCUGCUUGAAGUGGAGAAUGAAACAAUGAUGAAAGUGGCAGAUUUGGAGAAGCUUCUAUUCCAGAAAGAUAAAGACCUUCAAGCAAUACGUGAGACGUACGAGUCGACCAGCACCCAGGUCAACACCCUGAGGAGGAUGAUCAAGGAGAAGGAUGCUGCCUUCCAGAGGCAGGUCAACAUCGAACGGCGGCUCCUGGAGCUGGAGCAGCAGGGCACCAUCCGUUUGCACAAGAAACCUGACGGCGACAUCUCAAUUGAGCCGCUGGGUGUCGGCGGUGGAGGCAGUGGGAUCGGAAUCCCUUUGGGUAAUGUUGGGCAGCUGAUGCUGAGUUCGACAGCUGGGCUGACGGAACCUGGAGGACUAGAUACCAGCUUACCACCAGCAAGUGAAGCUCCACCGCCUCCUCCACCACCCCCACCGCCUCCUCCUCCCCCUCCCUCAGCUUUAACAGCACCACCACCUCCUCCUCCUCCACUUCCUCCUCCUCUGCCAGAUGCGUCUCCCUCCGUCAUCCUUAGCCUGGGUCUAUCAGCUAUCAGAAUCAAGAAGCCCAUUAAGACAAAGUUCCGCCUGCCCGUAUUCAACUGGACGGCCCUGAAGCCCAACCAGAUUAAUGGCACGGUCUUCAAUGAGAUCGAUGAUGAGCGAGUGCUGGAGGAGCUGGAUCUGGAAAAGUUCGAGGAGUUGUUCAAGACCAGAGCCCAGGGUCCUGUAGUGGAUCUUUCCUGUACAAAGAGCAAAGUGGCGCAAAAGGCGGUGAAUAAAGUGACCCUCCUUGAUGCCAAUCGGUCUAAAAACUUAGCAAUCACGCUGCGAAAAGCCAACAAAACCACAGAGGAGAUCUGCAAAGCAAUAGAGAAGUUUGACCUCAAGGCUCUGCCUGUGGACUUUGUUGAGUGCCUGAUGCGCUUCCUGCCCACCGAGGCGGAGGUGAAGGUGUUCCGUCAGUAUGAGCGCGAGCGGCGUCCCCUUGACCAGCUGGCGGAGGAGGACCGCUUCAUGUUGCUGUUCAGCAAGAUCGAGCGUCUCACCCAGAGAAUGAACAUCAUCACCUUUGUGGGGAACUUCGCAGACAGCAUUGGGAUGCUCACUCCACAGCUCAACGCCAUAAUUGCUGCUUCAGGCUCGGUGAAAUCAUCGCCCAAGCUGAAGAGGAUGCUCGAGAUCAUCUUAGCUUUGGGAAACUACAUGAACAGCAGUAAACGAGGCAGUGUUUAUGGCUUUAAACUACAAAGUCUUGAUCUGCUGCUGGACACAAAGUCCACAGACAGGAAAAUGACUCUGCUCCACUACAUCGCUCUCAUCGUGAAGGAGAAGUACCCUGAACUGGCCAACUUCUACAAUGAAUUGCACUUUGUGGAUAAAGCUGCAGCGGUGUCUCUGGAAAACGUGCUGCUUGAUGUUCGAGAGCUGGGCAAAGGUAUGGAGCUGAUCCGGAGAGAAUGCAGCAUGCAUGAUCAUCCGGUGCUGAAAGGUUUUGUCCAGGCCAGCGAUCCGCAGCUGGACAAGCUGCAGAGGGACGCCAAGACAGCAGAGGAAGCCUUCAACAGUGUGGUGAGCUACUUCGGAGAGAGCGCCAAGACAACUCCACCCUCUGUGUUCUUCCCUGUAUUUGUGCGUUUCAUCAAGGCCUACAAGGAUGCAGUGGAAGAAAAUGAACUGAAGAAAAAGCAGGAGGAAGCCAUGAGAGAAAAGUUACUGGCUCAGGAGGCCAAACAGCAUGACCCCAAGGUCCAGGCCCAGAAGAAGAGGCAUCAGCAGCAGGAGCUGAUUGCAGAGCUGCGAAAGCGGCAAGCCAAAGACCAUCGACCGGUGUACGAAGGCAAAGACGGCACCAUCGAGGACAUCAUCACAGUACUGAAGAGCGUGCCCUUCACCGCCCGCACUGCUAAACGCGGCUCACGGUUCUUCUGUGAAGCCAACCUCUGUGACGACGCCAACUGCUAGCCCUCCCUGUCUCUAAUGCCAAGGUUGUCCAGAUCUUCGAAACCAGCCCUUCCUGCGAGCUGACGCCUUGAUCCGGAGCGGUUGGAAGAGACCCUAAACCACUUACCUGCCAGUCCCUCUUCCCUUUGUAACACUUCUCCCUGUGUCCCAGUGGUCCCUUUCAAACCCUGAGGUUGCAUAUCGGAAAAAAAAAAAAAGACUCCAAAGGGAGGAAACAAGGCAGAGCUCUUGUUUUGGCUGAAUAAUUUAUUUAUUUAUGGAGGUCCUCCUUAACAGCCACUUUCAGCGAGCAGGCAUCAUUAACAAAGCACAGUAAAGAUGCUUCCUCUUUAACUCUCCCUGCUGUGCUGGCGCCGAGUCAGACCAGCUUGAAGGCAAACUGUGGCACAGGUGAGCCCAGUCUUCAGUUUGACUGGUGGACGUUCCUUACAUGGCUGCAGUCGCCGUAGGACUGAGACUGGGAGGCGUCGCCCAACGGCUCCAUCUGCAGAACAAUCCUCCUAAACGACGUGUCAUAAUCAGACUCUAGUGGACUAUUUAUUAGAGUUUUGCCAAGUCUUAACACAUGCAAUCGAGACUCAAUUUGAGGAAUGUUUAUGCAGAUUGUAUUCAAGAGGAAUAUUUUUCCUGAUUCUUCUAGAUGAAGCUAGUCAAACCAAAAUGUCUCAAGAUAUAUCUUUAAGAAGUGCCUUUUGUGUAAACAGUGUUAUUCUCAAUCAGCCAUAAUUUUUCAAAAGUUUUACUUUUUUUUUUUUUACACAGCAUGGUGUUGCCUGCAACCUUAUAAUGCUGACAAUAUGGUAGCCGAAAAACAGGCUUUUUUUUUUUUUGGACACAACACACAGAAGGUAAUUUAUAUUAACUGUCAAGUAAAAGGGGUGGGGGGGUCUUAUCCAAGAAGUUGUAAAAGAAAGAAAAUUGAAUGUUAAUCGCAUGUAUCUUGACUAGACUUCCUGCUCCACUUUGAGUGGCAUUUUGGAAGUGAUUCAUCUAUCAGGAGGUCUCCAAAUGUGCACAUGAUGUUGAAGGUGUCUGACAUAAGGUGCAUCUCAGUAAUUUAGUUUAUUCUAUAUAUAGUUGUCAAUUCAAAAUAUGAAAUUUAGUGAUUCAUUGCACAAGGGAUAUCAUUUUGUGUUCAUUCUUGAUAGAUAUGCUGAUUGUGGCUUAUAGCUAGUGAAAGUCCAAAUUCAGUUUAUCAGAUAGUGUAAAUAAUCAAGAUUUAAAAAAGUAUUUUCAAUGUAGAAAGCUCUGGUUACUAAA